AUGCCGGCCCAUCACCAGAAACCGGCUCCCCUCGUGCCGGCAUCGCCUCGAAAUACUGCCAAAUAUACUAACAAGGACGGGUCCAAGUUCAUCACCGUCCCCAAGGGCAGCCCAUCAGACUCGUCUUCCCGGCCAUCGACUCCCCCAAUCGCUAAACCCAACAGCGUCCUGCCGCCUCCGGAUUCCGCAGGCCUCGACAUGUCGGCUCCGACUGUUAACCGUAAGAAGCAGAAGCGACGGCAAAAGGCCGCGGCCAAGGCUGCCGCUGCACAAGCCGUCAACGGCCAUCCUAGCCCCGCUCCCAGCUCCGAUAAACCGACGCCCGCAGACUACGACCUUGUCCCAAGCGACGAGGAUGAUGAUGUCUGUUAUCUAGCUGACGAAGUCGAGCCUACGUCUACGGCGAACGGUCACGCGAUAGAUGCUAAACUUGGUAAAAAGAACAAGAAAAAGAAGAAAGGUAGUGAUGCUGGCGUUGAUGCCGAGGAGGCUUUGACGUCAAAAUACCAUCAGCAGCAGCACAAUCACCAUCAUCAUCACCACCAUCGCCCCCAUCUGUACCACGAUGAUGGCCCGGCGCCAGCGACUCAUGUGCCGCGAGGCUCUGGAAUGUCCAAGGAUAAGAUAUGGAGCACAAGCAAUCACGAGGAGCGCGAGCGUAUCAAAGAGUUCUGGCUGGGCUUGGGCGAGGAUGACCGGAAAUCCCUGGUCAAGGUCGAGAAAGACGCUGUCCUGAAGAAGAUGAAGGAACAGCAAAAACACACGUGUAGCUGUACUGUCUGCGGAAGGAAGCGCACCGCCAUCGAGGAGGAGCUGGAAGGUCUGUAUGAUGCGUACUAUCUCGAAUUGGAGCAGUUUGCAAACCAAGGAGAGGGCCCCGCCAUGCUGCCUCCGCCGCCCCGAGAUUUCUCGAUCCGCGCGCCGCGAGGCAUGCCGGGAGCGUAUACGCGGCAUCCGCCAGCCCGCGGGCGAAUAGUCGAGCACGUCGGCGACGAUGACGAGGAACUAGAGGAAGCCUACAGCGACGACGAAGCCGAGGACGACGAGUACAGCGACGACGAACCACCGGAAGAAUUUCACGGCUCUCCUGACCGAGACGUAGCUGAUUUCUUGACGUUUGGUAACAGCCUCCAAGUCAAGGGUACGCAACUUCUUGAUUCUCUUCUGCACAGAUAUGGUAACAUGGACUUAGGCGGCAUUCUCACCGUUGCGGAUGACCUACUCAAAAACGACGGCAGACGCUUCAUCGAAAUGAUGGAGCAGCUUGCGGAACGUCGAAUGGCCCGAGAAGAAGACGCGAGAGACUUCGCCCGCGGCUACGGUCAUCCGAACGGCUCAUACUCCACUCCUCACAAUCACCCUCCUCCCGAAGACGAUGACUACGAGGACGAAGAGGAGGAGGAGGAAGAAGACUACGACGAUAGUCAAGAUGAGGAGUAUGAGGACGAAGAGGUAUACUACAACCCGUCUAUGAUGCCGUCCAAGUUCCAUACUGAGUGCUGUUGCCAGGACCCGAUGACAGAAGAGCAGCGAAUGGAAGAAGGACGCCGCAUGUUCCAAAUCUUCGCAGCCCGCAUGUUCGAACAACGAGUACUAUCCGCGUACAAAGAGAAAGUGGCCAAGGAAAGGCAGGAAAAGCUAUUGGAGGAGCUGGAGGAGGAGAGUCGAGCGGUGAAUGAGCAAAAGGCCAAAAAGGCCAAGAGCGCUCAGAAAAAGAAGGACAAGGCUGCUCAAAGGAAGCAAGCGCUUGCUGAAGAGAAGGCUCGUAAAGAGGCUGAAAAGGCCGCCGAGGACACCGCCCGAAUCGAAGCCGAGAGGAAGAAGAUUGCUGAGCAGAAGCAGAAAGCCGAAGAGAAACGAAGGCAAAAGGAAGCCCAAAAGAAGGCCGAAGAAGAAGCACGGCUAAAGAAGGAAGCCGAUCGACUACGGCGGUUACACGAGCAGAAGGAAAAGCAAGCCGAGCAAGAGCGAAAAGCGCGCGAAGCCAAGGAGCGGGAAAAGAAGCUCAAGGAGGAGCAACGCUUAAAGGAGCAAGAAGCUCGCGAGCAAAAGGAGCGCGAGGCCAAGGAGCGUAAAGAGAAACAAGAACGCGACAAGCGAGAAAAGGAGGCCAGGGCCGCCAAAGCCAAGAAGGAAGCUCAAGAUGCGGCAGAGGCUCUCCAACCGACCAAGGAAGAAAAGGCAGCCCCUAAAGCGUCCUCUGUCCAGCCAUCCCAGACACAGCCUUCACAGCCUGCUAAACGUGGAACGAGCCAACAGCAGCAGCCACAGCAGCAGCAGCAGCAGCAGCAUCCUGUUUCGCUGCCCGCCGUCUUACCUCAACAUCCCCCUAACCCAGCCAGCUUCGUGUCCCCCAAAAUCGCAGUGGCCACUCCGGUAAUUCCCAAAGCGCCAACACCCAUACGGCUGAGAACAGCAUCUCAACAGCAGCAUGGGACUGGUCCAGCCAGCUCGUCAGACUCUCAAGGGGCGUCUGCUCCUAGUCAGAGCGCAUCGCCACAUUCCACGACGCCAGCAUAUACCAGCCCUAGUUCAACGGAGAGGCGAAUCAGCGGAAGUGCUCCCGUCACAAUGCUGCCAUCUGGGGCGUCAGUCACGCCGCCUGGGUUGCCGCCACUCAAAGGUCCGAGCCCUUCAUCCCAGUUCCAGAUGCCCAUCAUGGGCAUGCAGCCGCCCCCAGGUCUAACUGCUCAUCAACCUCCGCCUGGAUUCCCCGGUCGCCCAAAUCAUGACCCAAUAUUUCCCGUCGGGUUCAGGCCUAAUCCUGGACAUAACAUGAUGAUUCCGCCGCCCGGCAUCAAUAGUCCAACUAGCCGCGGAUAUCCACCUGUCACCAUGCCCCCUCCAGGAUUCUCUCAGCCAACAAGCGAUUUCCCGCUUGGCGGCCAAGGAUACCCAAUGCCCGCUAGAGACGGGCCUGUUUUGACAAACGGACGCCAAGGCUCUAUAGGGUUUGACAGCUCACCUAGCACACCUCUGCAAAGCUUCGGACGGCCGGCGCCAAUAGGCAGACCUGGUAGUAUUGGCCAUGGGUAUUCGCACGACAAGGAUGAAGAUACGCAGCAUCUCGGAAGCCGAGUUCUUGUUGAAGAUGAUGAGCCACUGGGCUCGGAUGCUAAUAUCGGCGGCUUGCGCAACCACCCACCAGGACCACGAAGCGGCUUUGCCGCGGGCCCCUUUAUUGACUCGGGAUUUCCAAUGGGCCACAACCCUUGGGCUCCUAUCAACAGCCCUCCACAGCCGUUUCCUCCCAGCACUGCUGCACAGCCGUUUCCUCUGCCAGGAUUUGGAAGCCCUGGAUGGGGUCCUCCAAGCGGUCCGCCUGGAUUUCAUGUUGGCUCACCCAAUGGGAUGGGCUCUAUCCGAUCGCAUGCGCAGCCUCGCCAUGUAACCGUCCGAUUAUUGCUCUCCCAGGCUUGCAAAGACUUGAUAAACACGCCUUCCGCAGACAAGGAGGGGUAUGUUGAUCUGAUCAACAUCAAGUCGCACGUGGAGAUGAUGUCGGGCGAUGCAAGUAUCUCGGAGCAAGAUCUGUUGAACCUCUGCGAUACAAUGGGCAGUUCAUCCAACGGAGGAGGAUCCUUUGACGUUAAGCAGGACAUUCUAGGACAGAGGAGGGUUCGUUGGGUUCCUGACACAGAUGAAGGUCUGAAUCCUCACUUUCGGGCUGUUGGGGCCCCUGGUGAGAUUGGCAGUCCCUUGGUAGGCCAUGCUUCA